UUAAAUGUAAAACGAAUAUCUAAUUGAUUUUUUAAAGUAAAAAAAAAAAAGAAAAAAAAGAAAAAAAUGAAUAUUAGAUAUUAAUAUAAAGAAAAGAAGAAGAUUUUUUUUCUUUAUUUUCUUUAUUUGUCAAAAGCAGAUUCUUACCCUACAACUCUAAAAUGAGAGGAAGAAUGAUUACCAAAUAAUACGAAAAAACAGCAACAACAAUAAACACAAACAUCACAAAAAAAGAGAAGAGGGCUGGGACUUCAAGAGUGUGAACGGAAACGAAAGUAUAAAGAAGCCAACAAAAUGCUUAUGAGUUGCGCGAGCAGACACAUCUCCGGUCGCUCGCGCACAGUCGCUUAGUGGCAUUUUAUAUUUGCCAGCUACCGGUGAGGUGAGUAUAACAGCCUAAAUUAACGGCAAGGGGUGGAACAGCUUUUCGUAGAGUAUUAGCGGAAGACAGAGUCCCGUGUGGCUCGCCCACCAGCUCUCUAAACUCAGCGUGAGAAGUACCAGAUGGUGGUUGUUGUCGUUGUGAAAUGGAGUUGUCGGAGCACAUCAAGACCGCUAAUGUUGAAGAUGUUACCCUGAGAAGACCUUUCCAUCCAACGCUCAGAGGAACCCUGUGCGUUACCAGCCACCACCUUCUGUUCUCAGACAGAAAAGAUGAAGCUUCCUGGCAACUUCUCAUUCUUCUCAAGAACAUCGAUGCCAUUGAGAAAAGUGUCGAGAAUCUUUUCGGAUACCCCAGGGCUGUGGGAUCCUCUGGUACUAUCACCAUUAAAUGUAAGGACCUGCUGGUUCUUCAGUUGGAAAUUCCUGGAAUGGAGGAAUGUCUGAACAUAGCCAGAUCUAUAGAGGCUCUUUCGUCUCUGGAAAGUGUGACAGAGAUGUAUCCCUUCUUCUACAGACCGUCACACCUUACUCUGCACGGCCCAUGGGGCCUGUCCUCGACAGAGCAAUAUUACAAACAAACAGAAAGGCUGUGGGACAGGUGGAGAGUCAGUAAAGUAAACUCAGAUUACUCUGUAUGCCCAUCGUAUCCAUCUGCGGUCAUUGUGCCUCGUGAGGUGGAUGAUGACAAGCUGAUCCGCUCAGCCAGGUUCAGACAGGGCGGCAGAUUUCCUGUGCUCUCCUAUUGUCACCAUAGGAAUGGAAUGGUGAUUAUGCGAAGCAGUCAGCCUUUGACAGGAGCCAAUAAGAAGAGAUGUAAGGAGGAUGAGCUCCUUCUCCAGGCUGUGAUUGAUGGGUCAGAGUUGGGUUACAUCAUCGAUCUGCGUUCUGCCCAGCAAGCCCAGCAGACCCGGAUGACAGGAGGAGGUUUUGAGUCUAAAUCCUGUUAUAGCCACUGGAAAAGAAUCCACAGACACCAUGAAAGGGGUAAAGUUGUGCAGGAGAGUCUUAUUAAGCUGGUGGAAGCAUGCAGUGACCCGUCGCACAGUGUGGACCGCUGGCUCAGUAAAUUGGAGAACUCCAAAUGGCUUUCUCAUGUUCACAGUGCGCUGUCCACUGCAGGCCUGGUGGUAGAGUGUGUGGAGAGGGAUGGUCACUCUGUGCUUGUGCAUGGCUCUGAAGGGACAGACAACACGCUGCUGGUGAGCUCACUGGCUCAGCUUAUCCUAGACCCCGCCUCUAGAACUGUCACUGGCUUCCUCUGCCUGCUGGAGAGGGAAUGGAUACAGGCUGGACACCCAUUCCAGCAGCGCUGUGCUCAUUCGGCGUACUCUCAUGCCCGUCUGAAGCAGGAGUGCCCAUCCUUCCUGCUGCUGCUUGACUGUGUGUGGCAGGUGUGGCGGCAAUUUCCUCUUGCACUGGAGUUUAGUGAGGCCCUGCUGCUCCGACUGGCACAAGAGGUUUACGCUUCUAACUAUGGAACCUUCCUUUGUAACAGCGAGCAGGAGAGAUGUGCUGCAGGAGUGAAGGAGACCACACACUGUUUGUUUCAGUCUCUGUUGAAGCCUGAUAUUGAAGAGCAGUACCUCAACCCACUGUAUGAACCCACUGAUUUGGCCAUUUGGCCCGCAGUACAUCCUCAGUCCUUACAGCUAUGGACAGGGAUGUUCCUCAGGUGGACUGAGUAUGCUCAGAACAUGGAGGAAGCUCGAGAAGAGGUGUGGAGCAUUGUGAAAGAGCACCGUGAGCAAGCUGGACCCGACCGGACCAAUAACACGCUUAGUACACACUGUGAAUCCUUGACCCCGAUUGAGAACCUCAUGGAUGAGCUGACUAUCUUGUGACCUCAUGGUUGAAAGGAUGUUGUAGAACCUGUUACCACUGUGUGUUUCUUUGCAAGAACUUAGUAUCACUGCCAAUCAGAUAUACCGGCAUUUAAAGAGCUUUAGAUGUAAUGUCAUUUACGAUAGCCAUCACUGAAUAAUAAUCAGACAAACUGGCAUUACAGCCUUCUGUCUGACCUUCAAGCAAAAUGCUAAACAGUAAACAGUCCCAAAUAGGGGAAAAUGUGGGUUUGUUGUAUUGUGUUUGAGUAGUUUGUUGUUGGAAUUUACUGUGGUUACAUGAGACAGCAUCAGUCAUGAUGUUUUACUGUAAACAUUUUUCACACUGUUACAUACAGCUGAAUGUUCAAUGGAGUGAAUGUGAGAAGUCUGAGGACCUACCAGAAGGUGGUUUUAAACAUUUGCAAUUGGAACAUGGUUUAUAAUUAAUUAUUGCACAGCUCUCUGGAAUACUUGAUUCUGAUUGGUUAAUUGCCAAAUUUAGUGUUAAAGGGAUAGUUCACCCAAAAAUGAAAAUUCUGUCAUUCUGUCAUGACAGAAUUUUCAUUUUUGGGUGACCAAGCCCCUCGUCACGGAAAACAGAGGAUUUAAACUCAAAUAAAUAUUUCAUAUCCAUGUAUUUAUUUAUUUGUUAAGUAGCAAGCUGGAUCAUGUACAGUGGUCAUACUCAGGAAAUAAACCCCUUCGAGGUGAUACAACAUUACUGUGCAUAAUCCUUGCUUACUUUAUGCUUCUGAGCAGAGUCAGAAAUCAAACUGGGGCACAACAAAAUAAUGCCUACCAUUUCUAUAGACAGGCAUUCAAAAUAUGCGGUCAAAAAUGCUCAUGUAGUGAAUUCCCUUGUUUUUAAUCUGUUACCAUUUAUACAGUAGUGAACUGUAUAAUCUAACAUGGGGCCAGUCAAUUAUUUUAAAAUUAUUAUCAAUAAAUAUUAUUAAAAUGUG